AUGGGCAGCAAACCACAAGAAUUCGUCUUCGUUGAUGGCCCUGCGUUGGCUAGCGGUUCCAACGCACAUUCGCGGAAAAUUAGGUCAGCUCUGAUAAAACGACGUAUCUCUGAAAAGCAAACAAACUAUCGCCGUGAGGAAGCCGCCAGGAGGGAGAAGUUGAUUGGCCAGAGAAAGGUACAGGGAGAACAUCAUCACCCUGCAGUGGAGGAGCUUUGCUCCUGUCGUAGAAAACCCCAGGGCUCUGGUUCCGAUCAAACUCAAAUGAGCCACCAUAGUAGUCCAACAUUCCUCGUCACUAGCGAUGGAGCUACAGUUUGUGGGACCUGCAGUAGACCGAUGUCCCUCAACGGUUUGAGGACCAACCAGAAGACCGAAGAGACCCCCUCGGCCUUCCCAGCUGUGAGUGGAAGGAUGGACCCAUUCUCCCCACUAGAUGCGAGCUGGGGACCGCAAGUUGACAGCCUAGUGCAUUUCGCUUUGACCUUCAUCUGGCCGGCAUUUCGGCAAUCGAACUAUACCGGGAGUUGUUAUCAGGCUUGGAUUCGGCAAUCGUCUCGGAAUAAGCUCUUAAUUUAUAGCACCUUGUGGGCCGCGUCCUAUCACAGAGAUGUAUUACGGAUUAGCUACGGUGCCCCUGACCCGCCGUUAGAGACCAAAGUGCAACUGUACUACAAAGGCCAUGUCUUGAGCACUCUGCACAGCCAUGUGGCUGACUACACAGACGAGACGUGGCGUGACGGCGUCAUCAUGUCUGUCCUAUACCUUGCUGUUAAUGAGCACGUUAAAGAAAAGGUAGCGCGAGACGCGAGUCCAUUCACGCCUCCUUUUGUGGAGUUACAGUCCCUGUCUUUUUAUGGUAGCAGGGAGUAUCAUAGCAUGCACUGGACAUUCAUCCAGACCCUCCUACAUCGUCUUGGAGGGAUCCACUCCAUCAAGCUAUUCGGACUAGGCUGGCUGCUGUCAAUUGCAGAACUAAUGUUCUCUGUCCACUCCUUGACAAAGCCUCAAUAUCCCUUGAUAGACGUACAGGGAAAUGUGUACAAUCUGUCUUCGCCGUUACAUGCCUUUCAAAUUUCACCAGAACGGACGUCUCUUCCUGGAUCGGGAUUCCGAGAGCUUUUAUCGCUUGCGCCACCCGUGAAAGAAAAGAUCGCAAACGUAUUCGCUCACCUGAGUGAAUAUUCGAAUAUAAUACAAUUAUUUUUCGAUCACGACCUGGAUGCUUCAACCCUCGACCUAAUUGCAGACAUUCGGAACCAAGUGCAUCAUGAUUUGUUAAACCUACCAGACGAGCAUGACCCACCUGAUUGCGCUAUCGAACAACCGAAUGACCCUGGCGAUAUCUCUCUGUCUCUCGAGCUCUAUCACACUUGCAGGCUCUCUGCCCUGCUAUACGCGCUCCAUGUCACAUUUCCGGUUCCGAAGUCUUCUUUAUCCCGAGCCAUUAUUGUCCCGCAGCUCACUGAGAAACUUCAUCAUGUUAGUCAGAAUAUGUCUAGUACGCUGCUUCUAUGGUGUACCAUAGUGGCUGCUAUUGCGGCAGAGGAAAUGAUUCAACGCCAAACCCUAGUCCAACUGGCCCACAAAAUCCGUCUAGACUUGCAGAUAUAUGAGCUGACUCACGCUGUUGAAGUACUCCAUUCCUUUGCCUGGGCGGAUGUCGCGUGUUUGGACGGACUCUAUAGGCUUUGGGGCGAAAUCGUCCGGCUUGGUUGA